AUGAUGGCCGCGGUUUCGUGGCUUUUCGAGAAGAGGCAUCUAAAACGGCCAAGAUUAGGACCUCCAGACGUUUAUCCCCAAGACCCGAAGCAAAAAGAGGACGAAUUGACUGCUAUUAAUGUCAAACAAGGCUUCAUCACCAAUCCUCAGAUCAGCGACGAGUAUGGAUCUGCCAGAAAUGCAAACAUUACUCCCGCAAAGUUUGGGGCCUUCUUUAGUGCCAUUUUGGCAAAGAAGCAGGAACUUAACACGAUACAGGACUCUGGUCGGAAGAGGCAACAGAUCAACACGAAAGAACACUUCUGGCCUGUUACAGCCAGGUCAAAAAAUGCAAUCGAAGCAUGGUUCAAAGACCUUGCAGGAUCAAAGCCGCUCACAAGCCUGGCAAAGAAGGUUCCCAUCUUCAACAAGAAGGAGGAGAUCUUCCUGACACUCUUUGAGUUCUCGGUGCCCAUGCUGAGAGCGGCCUGGUUCAUCAAGAUGACGUCGGUCUACCAGGUGGCCAUAUCGGAGGCCAAGAUGAAGAAGCGGCAGCUCCCAGACCCAUGCCAAGAGUGGACCACACCCCUGUGCAAGUUUCUGAGGGAGUUGCUUCACAAGCUCGUGGAGCACAGCCAUCCCACCGGACCUCCCCCGGGUUCCGGUGGCAGCCUGGGCUCCCAGGGGGGUGGGACCAGCCCCGCUCCCUCCGCCCCCUCCAUCCCCCCGGACACGACCAUCGCCAAGCAGUGGCAGUACUGCACCCAGCUGGCCUCCUACCUGUACGAGGAAGGGCUGUUGGACCACCAGGAUUUCCUCAGUUGGAUCUUGGAGCUUGUGGAGAAGACAAAGACCCCUGAUGACCCCAUACUGAAACUAGUCAUGCCUCUCACUCUGCAGUAUGUGGAUGAAUUUGCCCGCUCCGAGCUGCUGUCGAGGAGGCUGGCUCACCACUGCUGCAAGAAGCUCAGCCAACUCAUCACUGACUACAACAUGGCCUCCCCAAGAAGCCAGAGUCCCGUCGUCACUAAUGGCAACUCCACCACUCCCGCCACCACUAAUGGCACCAGCAGCGUGGUGUCUUCAGCUGCUCCCCAGCCUUCGAGCGUUGGUCCCCUGGCCGCAAGCUUUGCAGAGUGCCUCAGCUGUUCCCAUCAUCGCAGCAUCGUGCUUCAGCUCUCAGCUGUGCUUCAGGUGAUAACUCUAGAGUGCCCCAGUGCCCUGGUGUGGAACAACAUUGGGGAGGGGAAGGCCAAUCCCAUACUUAACGGUAGCCCCUUGGAUAUCCUGCCCUGCCCGCCCUCCUGUCUACCCAUGGCUCCCAGGCCUUACAACGCGCAGGUGCGGCUAGAGCUGCGUCGUGCUGAGCAGCAAGUCAUCCAGAGAGGGCGUGCCGCUGAGCUGCAGUGGUCCUGUGACAAGUGGCAACAGAUGGCGGCUGGAACGACGAUCACCCGUGUCCUGGGAGCCUUGGACGCGCUAGAUAGGCACAGCUUCGACCGCGUCGAAGCAAACAACUCGUUGGACACGCUGUACGCCAAGAUCUUCUCCCGUGCUGACCAGUCGCAGGCCCCGAUGGCAGCCGGAGGCGGGGCAGGGCUGGAGGGUGGGGCCCCGCAGCUGGUGGCUCCGCCCCCUCAGGACGAGCCAAUUGUGCGGCUCCUCUGCGAGUGGGCGGUGACCACCAAACGCAGCGGGGAGCACAGGGCCCUUGUUGUUGCCCGUCUGCUUGAGAAGAGGCAGAACGAACUCAGCGUGGAGAAGUACAACGACGCCGACCUGGUGGACGAGAAGGACUCACAGGACUCCGGCGCUCCUCCCAUGGGACUGCCCGUGUUCCAGAACCUCCUGGUCAAUUUCCUGGACACGGAAGCCCCCGUUCUCGAUGACAAGCCAACGUUCGAGAACCGCGCCGUGUUUGCCAACCUGGUGCUGCUGUUUGCCGAGCUGAUCCACUGCGACGUGUUCUCGCACGACGCCUACAUGUGCACUCUCAUCUCGCGGGGCUACUUCGCCAGCCACCCCCCGGGGGGCGCCACCCUGCCCAGCACGGCCAACCCCCCCGCCACUGGGGGCACCCCGGAGCCCUCGCUCACCGGCUUCCUGGACCCCUCGCUCGGGCCUUCCCCGGGGCCCGUUGGGGUGGCCGGGGGAAUGUCCAUGGCCCUGGGGCUGGGCGGCCUGGGCAUGGGGGGCCUGGGGGACCCCGGCAGGCAGCCGGACUCGCUGCCCAUGUUCGAGCCGAGCUCCGUGAAACACGACGUGGGAUGGAAUGUGCAGAUGGACAUGGAUGAUGCAGGCCUUGAUGCAGAUCUGGACAAGAUCCUCCAGAACAUCAAGGAAGGGCAGCAGAACAUGAGCGAUCAGCCUGACUCUGUGGGCUCGGACAAGGAGGAAGGGGGCUCUCUCCAGGGCCCCAACACUCCCCUGGUGGACCACCCGGGGGUUGGGGGGGGCGGGAGCGGCCAUGGGGGAGGCCUGUCCGGGGGAGACCGAACCGCGUCCGGCGGGGCCCAGGCGGCCACGCGCAGCAAGAACUGGGCCCUCAGACAUCUGCAGUACACCACGCACUUCCCACUGCUUCAGGAGGAAGGAGGUCUGUGGUCCCACGAUUGCAACCAGCGCCACAUCCUGCUGUAUGGAGUGGGCAAGUUGAGGGACGAGGCCAGGCACGCCCUUAAGAAGGUCACCAAGGAGCUGCUGAAGCUCUUUGCCAAGAAGGCCUCUAUGGACAUUGCUGACGGCGGCAAGGUGAAGAGGCAUGCCCGCGACGCUUUUAACUUUGAGGCGGUCACAGCUCGCUUCCAAGCGCUGUCCUUCUUCGACCAGCACGUGGUUGCUCAAACGUGCGCAGCCUCCGUGCUCGAGAUGUUGGGCGGCUUUGCUGCGGGGUCCUCCAACCACCUGCCGCUCGUGGACUACAUUGCCUUCCUCUUCGACCUCAUGGAGCUCUCCCUCAACAUCCACGGACUCAUCGAGUUUGGCCUCCAGCUGCUCAAGGAACUUGUGGAAGUGGAGAACCAGCUCGCCCAGAAAGGAUCUGCUCUGUCUGGCACUUAUGCCACUUCCCUGGGCCUGUACAUUGUGGGCCUCUUCUAUAGGUACCACUGUUGCCUUCUGGUGUCCCAGGACUACACCCUGCAGGCUUGCGAGAGUUUAUGCAAGAUUGUGAAGAAUGUCGCCAACCCAGCCGAAUGCACCUCAGCGGAACGCUGCAUCUUAUGCUACCUCCACGAUCUCUAUUCUUCCUGCUACUACUUCAAGUCCAAGCAUUCCGAGAUAUUUGGCUCCUUCUACUCGAAGGUGAAGCAGACGCUGUACGCUCCUCAGACUCCGUCUGCCUUGAAUCUCCUUUGGAACACGACAUACAUGAUCGAGUGCAUCAACAACCCCAGAGUUCGGGUGGAUGUUCAACAGGUGAAACAGCUCAGCGAAAAUGCGUCAUUUAGGUACAGUUUCGUCUGCAACGCAGUGCACAGCAUUUCAGUCGCACGGGACGCUGACAGGCUCAACGAAAUCUCCACACUAUGUGCUGAGUUGACCGCCAGUUGCGGCUCGCUCAGCGCCGAGUGGCUCGGAGUCCUGAAGGCCCUGUGCUGCUCCUCGAAUCAUGCGUGUGGCUUCAUCGACGUUCUGACCCAAGUUGACGUUGGGGAUCUGUCGAUCCACGACAACCUCGCCGUCUUCACCUGCAUCCUGGUAGCCAGGCGCUGCUUCUCUCUCCAGGACUUUGUCGUGCACGUCGCCAUUCCAUCGCUGCUCUCUGCCAGUCCUGUGAGUGGAGCUGCAGACCAGGACGCGGAGUCGGGGGCUCGGCUCACCUGCCACCUGCUGCUCCGGCUGUUCCGCACAGUCGAUCCGUCUCCUCCGCCGUCACUGCCGCGGCCCCUGUUCCUGAUCCGGUCCCCCUGUGACCGGCACCUCUUGUCAGCUGCUCACAGCAGCAUGCGGGUGGAGCCUGUCCUGGCUGUCCUCAAGGCCAUCCUUGUCCUCGGAGAUGCCAGCACUCCGGGCAUGGAAGCCAAGUCCAAGAUGGACUCCUCUCAGGGAAAAGGGGAACCAAGCAUCAACGAACUUCUGGGUUCCAUAGAUGACACUGACUUUGACCUCGGAGUUCCGCCCAGCCUCGGGAGGCAUCCGAGCAGCGUCGGAGGCUCUCGGGGAACGGCCACGGAGAGCGCGGGCCUCAACGACUUUGCCAAGUACGCCCUGGGUCAGAUCUGCAGCCAGCAGUGGAUCCACGAGCGCUGCCUCAGGGACCCCGACGUGCUCUGCUCUUCGGACCUCCUCCUCGACCCCAUGCUGUCCCACAAGCAGGCCGAGACGCUGCUGCAGAUGAUAUGCCACCCUAAGGGCAACGGGCGUCCCUCCCUGAGCGUGUGUGGGGACGGCUUCUCAGGCAGCUCGGAAGAGUCGUGCAACCAGAAGCAGGUGGUGACCCAGAUCCUGCUGGGCUUGGACCAGUGGAGCCUGCGGGUGUCCUGGCUGGAGCUGCAGCUCAUGUACAAGCAGUGCGCCUCCCCGCCCGAGGUCAGCGCCUGGCUGGAGAACGUAGCCAAGGCCACCAUUGAUGCCUUCCAACUCACCAGCGAGGACUCUCGCUCGCCCGGGGGGGCGGGGGACCCUUCUGCGGCGCUCUUCGGCAGGUCCGGUGGCAACGGCUCUGGGAGGCAGGAGACUGACCGCAUCUGGUUUGUGGCGCCGCUGAUUGCCAAGCUCCCGGCUGCAGUCCAGGGCAAAGUCCUUCGUGCCGCGGGGCAGGUGCUUGAGAGCGGCAGCUGGGCGUCCAUCACGUCCUCCUCCUCGUCCAAGAGCAAGGACAAGGACAAGCACGUGCACAAGAGUGCUUCGUUGCUGAGCCACCAGCCAUUCCUGUCAUUGGUGCUCAUGUGCCUCAAAGGCCAAGAUGAGCAGAGGGAAGGCCUGCUGAACUCUCUGUAUUCUCAGCUCAACCAGUGUCUGCACUUGGCUAAGGAUGAAAAGCCCGUGGCAGAAGACCUGAAGGGGCGUCAGCUGCUGCACGAGGCCCUGCUGCUGAGGCUAAGCCUCGUCGGCGGAAUGUUCGACAUGAUUCAGCGGAGCAACACCCUGACCACCGACUGGGCGCUGGUGCUGGUGCAGCUCAUCAGCUACGGGGUCGUUGACCUACACUCCAACUUUGAGCUGUUCUCCACUGUCCUGGACAUGCUGGCAGUGCUCAUCCACACCACUCAGAACUUGGACAGUCUGUCCGGAGAGGAGACCCGCAAGCAGUACCUUAACCUCGUGAAGAAGCUCAAGAAAGAAGUGUCAGACCUGGACACGGACGCCAUCAAGAUGGUGCACCAGCUUCUGCCUUUGGUGAAGCAGCAGUGUGAAGUGAUCACCUGCGAACCCAUGGGCAGCCUGAUUGACACCAAGGGCAACAAGAUUGCAGGCUUUGAUUCCAUUGACAAGAAACAGGGCCUGCAAGUGUCGGAGAAGCAGUGCGUGAGCCCUUGGGACCUGCUGGAGGGCCACCGCAACCCCGCGCCCCUCUCCUGGGUCUGGUUCGGGGCGGUGCGCAUGGAGCGCAAGCCCCGGCCCGAGGAGUCCCACCGGGCCCUGCUGUGGCACACUCACGGCUCCCUGGCCAAGCCCCUGGGCUACUUCGCGGAGCCGCCCCCGCUGCCGCCCGAGGAGCUGCUGCUGGAACCCCCCCCGGCCCCCCACCUGCCCCCCCACCUGCCCCCGCACCACCCGCACCUGCCGCCGCCUCCCGACAAGCACCACCUGCAGAUGCAGCUGUUGGAGGACUCCAAGCGCGUGGUGCUGCACGAGAUCCACAGUGCCCCAUCGCCUCGUGGGGGUGCCAAGAAACCCAAGACGCAGAGGCGCCCUCGCAAGGCCAAGGCACUUGGAGGGCAGACCCCUCCGGUCCGGGGUUCCCUGGCGUAUCCCCCGGAGCAAACCAUGUACCCCCAGGGUCCCCCCCAGCAGUGGUAUGGGCAACAGCCGCCCAUGCAGCAGCCCUACUACUCCCCGCAGCAGCCCCUGCCCCCAGGGCCCCGGUUCGAACGCCAGCCGCUGUCCCAGUCCAAGGCGGCACUGUCCUCGAUGCUGCGUGCCCGCCACCCGUCUGCCCAGUUCCUGGGGCCCCAGGGUGGAGUGGGGCCCUCCCCUCAGGGUCCCCCCCAGGGCCCCCCCCAAACACAGGGGCAGGGGGGGCCCCCUCCCAUGGGUGCCCCCCAGGGGGCCCCCCCCACCGGGGCUCCCCCCUAUGCCUCCAGCAUGGACAUGCUACAGAAGCAGAGGCACCAAAUGAUGAUGCGCCAGCAACAGAUGCGGCCGCAGGGCAUGCCACCCCAGCAAGUGAGUCAGCAAGGGAUGUUUCACCCUGGCAUGCAGCAAGCCACUCAAUCUCAGGGACCAACCAUGCAUCACCUCCCUCCACCAGGGGGCAUGGGCCAGGGCUACGGCGGGGGCUACGGUGGGGGUCCCCCCUCGAUGCAGGGGUCUGGCGGGCCCCCCCCUCCCCCCCAGGCCCUGAUGGAGAGGCGCACGGGCGGCCCCGGCGGCAUGAUGGGGCCCGGCCAGGGGUUUGCACCCCAGGGUUACAACCCGGGGGCAGGUGCGGGCAUGGGGCCCCAGCAGGCAGGCAACAUGGGCAUGAUGGGCCCCGGUGCGGGCAUGCAGAACCCCGGCCCCCAGUACAUGGGUCCCAACAGAGCUCAGUAUGGCAUGGCUCCCGGAGGAAGUGGUGGCCCCCUCGGUGCCAACCAGUCUGGACCUCCCGUAUCAGGCAUGGUGGGCGCAGGAGGAGGCCACCUGGGCGUUGCUCCCGGCAACGCCGGCCCCCCCCAAAUCGCACAGGCCCAGGGGGGCGGGCCGGGGCCGCCGCAGGGGGGAGGGUACGGGCCGGGCCCAGCGCCCGCGGGGGCGCCGAACAUGAUGGCUUCGCACAGCAUGCAACAGCAGCAGCAGCAACAACAACAACAGCAGCAACAGCAACAGCAGCAGCAGCAGCAACAACAGCAGCAGCAGCAUCUGAGACAUCAACAGCAGUUCAUGGCGAUGCAGAAGCAGCAGCAACAGCAGCAGCAACAGCAGCAGCAGACGGCGGCGCUGGUUGCCCAGCUUCAGCGGCAACUGUCGGGGAGCGGCCAGGUGCCACCGUCGCAGCCCCAGCAGCAGCAGCAGCCCCACGGGGGUUACCAGCAUCAGGGGCCCUACUGAAUGUGCCGUGGUCUCCGGUCUGGUCCUUGGGCUGUGCUUUGAUGUGCAUAGUCGUUGCUUGGAAGACAGGUUCGCCGUGGCAUGGUUUUCAGUGUGUCUUUGACAUGGUCGAAGCUUUGGUAGGGACAGGCGUGAUCCAUGGAGGGGGCCUUUGAGCCUGCUGCAGCUAUGAGGAUGACUAGCUCUGUGUGAGUUAUUCUCUCGAGAAAUCUGGCUUUUGUUCAGCGACGAGAAGAGCUUUCGCUUAGUUGUAGCGUCGUCAAAAACAAGUACAGUUGCAAGAAGCAAAGUACACAGGCGAGCUGGUUAGGAAACAUAAUCUAAAACCGGAGGCUAGCAGGAAUAAAAUAAUGGACUAUGCGACACAGGCGAUUCUAUAUCAUGUUGUCAGUUACUUUAAUCCUUCUCGUCUCUGGGUUUAGAUUAUGACGAGUGCAAAUUUUUCAGGGGUACCACUAAGCUCUCUAUGGCCACUAGUGCAAUGUCUGUGCAUUGGCUUGGCAAACUAUGCUUCACUUUGUGUGACUGCACAUUGGAGGGUCACUUGGCUCCUUUGGGAGGGUCACUUGGCUUCUUUGGGAUGGUCACGUCUGUGUUUGCCAUAGUUUCAGAUGCAGGGGCACUAUGUGCUGGUAGUCUUGCUGCAGUCAUUAAUGCAUUUAGUCACCUUGCUGUGCUCUGGUGCGGGUGGUUAUUUUUUUAGGGAUGUUUGGCUUUGGUGUGGUUGCCAGAGCACAGCCAAAAUGUGAUCUUCGAUGGGAACAGGCCUUUGGAUGAUUGUGGCCACUAGUAUGAUUGGUUGCUAACUUGUGUUGCACAUGCACUAGAAAUGGGUAUUCCUUGGACGGGCUAGGCUUUCGAUACAAACAUGGCACUGUCGAAUGAAUGGACUGAGAUUCAGUGAAGACGGGUAUGAUUCUUUGAAGAGGUAAGAGAAACAUAUUUUGUUUUUGAAACAACUGCAGUAUAGUCUGACCAGCAGUCUGAGAUUAAGUAAGGACGAGAAGUGUUCUUUUGAUGGGCCUAACUUCAGUACGAUCAUGAACAUGUUAGCUUGAACGACUUACUGGUGACUUCGAUUACAAUUGUGUGCAUGUCCUAUGGGUACUCGAGGUCAAGCUGGAUGGUCGUGAAUAUUCGGAUACAUAUAACUGCUGUACGGUCGGGAGCUUGUGUUCUAGAUAUAUUUAGUUGCUAAUUAAUUUGAGAUGGGCGGCAUUUCUUAGACGAAUGUAGUUGACGUGCUUGCAAAACUGUCCUCUAAUGAACUCGGUUCGGGCAGCAGUUGGUGGGACUUGUUGAGUGAUGGUGACUGCGGAGCAUGUAUCUCUUCACUGCAACCACUAUUGUCUUUCCUCAUGAUUUUUUAAUUUGGCAUAGAUGGCUCUAAUGAUUGUAGCUUCAAAAGCAUCCUUUUAGUCACUUUUUUUUUUUUUUUUGCGUUUCAGUAGCGAUCUGUGUCAAGUAAUGUCUUUAGUAUCAAAGUAUAGAGCUGUCUGAUCGGGUUCUAUUUGCAGUAAAGUUGUGGACGGGUGAGGGGAUCGGCACUGGAAUUUACUUCGGCAUUAUGCCCAGGUUCUGUCUUUCGUCGUCUAACUUCUCUGGGUGGUGCCACGAAAUUUGCUAGCGCACAGAGAUGUGCUGCUUUGGGUUACGGGAAAACUUGAAAUGUCGGCUGUGUGUUUUGUUUGUGCAGGCUAGGCAAAAGGCAACUAAAUGAGCGGUGUUUGUCUGCUCAGGUUUUGUCUUGAACCAUGUUUCAUCGUUGUCGGAGGUUUGAAAUCUGAAGUGAGAUUCAUGCACAAUUUUAUGUGAAACUACCAGCAUCGCAGACAUAGGCUGUGAAAGUCUUUUCUGUGGUAUGCUUGGCAGCACGUACAAUUGAUGAAACAACUAAGCAUACUGAAUAUUACCAUUCUUGCUUACCCGAAAUCGGAAGUCAGCAGUGUCAAAGUCAAAUUUAAGUGAAGCAUAUAUACAGGCUGUUUUACGCAAGAGUGACGAAAAUUUCUAUAAUUAGUUUAUUCAGUGUAGAAAGAUACUUUUCUCGGGACCGCAUCACUCAUGGUGGCGGACGUCAGAAACUGUGCUAUACUUAUUAGUUAGUUUGCUAAUUAACUAAAAAUGACUAUGAUUAACUUUUCAAUUAGUGAAAAUAGUC